CAAUUAGAGGAAAAAAAGGGACAAAGAAAAAACAAAGUCUGAAUUUUUCCCUUCGAAAUCAACGUAAACGCCUCUCAAAAUUCUCGGGUUUAUUCGAUUUGGGGUUUUCUGUGGGCACACUGAAAUUCGACGUGUAGUGUAAAUUUGUUCUUCUUCUUCUUCUUCUUCCGUCAACGUCUCCCAUUGUCGAAAAAAAAAAGAGUUUUUUGUUUGGUGGGUUUGUCUCUAUUCGCUUUCAUCCUCGGUUUCAUCGUCGUCGUCGUCGUCUUGCACUCUAGAACAGAAUGGCUGCUGCUGCUGUAUCUCACCAUGGCAUUGGGGCCAUUUCGUCUCGUGGGCAUUCCAAAAUCUCCGUGUCUAACUCCAUGAAAUCUGUUAAUAAAGGAUUCAGGAUUGAUAUGAGGCCAAUUUUCAGCUCUAAGAAGAGAAGCUUCUGCAGGAUAGAAGCGGCUGUGUCUCAAGCUUCUUCUCCCUCUGACACACUGUUGUCUCCUUCCAUGGACAUCCCCGACGAAUCUCAAAAGAAAUCGAAUGAAGCAGCUCUGAUAUUGAUUCGGCAUGGAGAGUCAUUGUGGAACGAGAAGAAUCUUUUCACGGGCUGUGUUGACGUGCCAUUGACAGAGAAAGGCGUGGAAGAAGCCAUUGAAGCCGGUAAGAGAAUAAGCAACAUACCCGUCGAUGUGAUAUUCACAUCGGCUCUAAUCCGUGCCCAGAUGACCGCCAUGCUUGCAAUGACUCAGCACCGUCGCAAGAAGGUACCGAUCAUUCUGCACAACGACAACGAGCAGGCAAGAACUUGGACUCGGGUUUUCAGUGAAGAGACUAAGAAGCAAUCCAUCCCCGUGAUUCGGGCAUGGCAGCUGAACGAAAGAAUGUAUGGGGAAUUGCAGGGUCUCAACAAGCAAGAAACGGCGGAGAGAUACGGGAAAGAGCAAGUUCACGAGUGGAGGAGGAGUUAUGAUAUUCCUCCUCCCGACGGCGAGAGCUUGGAGAUGUGUGCUGAGAGAGCAGUGGCUUAUUUCAAGGACAAUAUUGAAAUGCAGCUUGCAUCUGGAAAGAACGUUAUGAUCGCUGCUCAUGGAAACUCGCUCCGGUCCAUCAUAAUGUAUCUCGACAAGUUAACUUCACAGGAGGUUAUAAGUCUCGAGCUAUCGACCGGUAUACCUUUGCUUUACAUCUUCAGAGAAGGAAAGUUCAUGAGAAGGGGAAGCCCCGUCGGUCCUACAGAGGCCGGUGUCUAUGCUUAUACAAAGAGAUUGGCUCAAUACAGACAGAAGUUGGAUGAGAUGAUGAUGAACUAGUUCUUGUCUUUCUUGAAGUAUACUCUACUCUACUAUACAGUGAGUUCAAAGACCAGUUCUUGUCUCUUCCCCUCAGUUUAGGAUCUUCAGCCAUUAGAAAGAAAAUCCAGGUUUUGUUUUGGAUUCAUUCUUCCUUCUUGGCUUACUCUAUAUGAGGAGGAAGAGAGAGAGAGAGAGUUUAGGGUUUCUUCUGGUUUUUCAUCUGUGUCAUAUCCAUGUCCGGAUGUUGUUGUAUGACAUCACCGUCUUUGAUGAAAACGUUUUCAGACAAUC